GAGGGUGGCGCGGGCGCGUGAGGAGCCGGCAGGAGGAGCGCGCGCGCGCGCUCCCCGCCCCCAGCCCCGGAGCGGCUCGCGGCAGGCUCCGCGCCGCAUCGCUGGGUGAAGCGCAGAGCAGGGCGACGGCCUUUCGGCAGCCGAACGGCAGCGGCGGGUCAAGACAAAGAGGCGUGGGCAGGCCUCUGGGCCAGCUGGUGCCACCCGUGCCAUCAUGGCAGAGAAAGUGAACAACUUCCCACCAUUGCCCAAAUUCAUCCCCUUGAAGCCAUGUUUCUACCAAGACUUUGAGGCAGACAUUCCUCCCCAGCAUCUCAGCAUGACCAAGCGCCUCUACUACCUCUGGAUGUUGAACAGCGUCACGCUGGCCGUGAACCUGGUGGGCUGUCUCGCGUGGCUGAUCGGAGGCGGGGGAGCCACCAACUUUGGCCUGGCCUUUCUCUGGCUCAUCCUCUUCACACCCUGCUCCUACGUCUGCUGGUUUCGGCCCAUUUACAAGGCCUUCAAGACUGAUAGCUCCUUCAGCUUCAUGGCAUUCUUCUUUACCUUCAUGGCCCAGCUGGUCAUCAGCAUCAUCCAGGCUGUGGGCAUCCCAGGCUGGGGAGUCUGCGGCUGGAUCGCCACCAUCUCCUUCUUCGGAACAAACGUUGGCUCAGCAGUGGUGAUGCUCAUUCCCACCAUCAUGUUCACGGUUGUGGCUGUGUUUUCCUUCAUCGCUCUCAGCAUGGUUCAUAAAUUCUACCGGGGCAGUGGGGGGAGUUUCAGCAAAGCUCAGGAGGAGUGGACCACGGGGGCAUGGAAGAACCCACACGUGCAGCAGGCGGCCCAGAAUGCAGCCAUGGGGGCGGCCCAGGGUGCCAUGAAUCAGCCGCAGACUCAGUAUUCCGCCACCCCCAACUACACAUACUCCAAUGAGAUGUGAGCCAGCCACGCCUACCAGGAGGGCAGGGCUGGGGGGUCAGUGGGAUGGGGACUCAAGCCACAUCGUCAGUUGUGGUGACCAAGCAGGGUUCCCCCCCUCCCUUUGCUCCUCCCCCACUUUGUACAAAGAAUCAGAGUUAUAUAUAUAUAUACAUAUAUAUAUAUGUAUAUGUCUCCCCCCUUUCCCCACCCCUCUGGAUUUUGCUGUCAGAACUCUGAGAGCUGUGGGCUGCACGUGGAGCUGUCCCGUGCAGUGGUAGCUAUGUCCAUGUCCCCUUGUGAAAUAGUACACAGUGGAGGUCUCUGUUGUUGUGGUGCUAGAUGUAUGUUUAGAACUCAACCAGCCCCCACCCUCCACCAGGGAUCUGACCUUGGCCCAGGGAUCCCUUAUGGGCCAGGGAGGCAUAGCAGAAAGCCUGGCCCCUCCCCAGGGUCAUGAGCUGAAACUGUCUCCACUUUUGGUCUUACUGGGAAGCAACAGUAUUUAGCGCUCAUGGGGGUGGUAGGUAGGAGGGUGGGGAUAGGCCAGGGAUCUUCCUUUGCUCCUUCUGAUCUGGUCUCCUCCACCUCCCACUUCUCCUCUCCUCUUUUCCUGGUGUCAGAUUCCCUGUGGCUUCUUUUCUUGCCCAGGGUCUCUGUCUUUCCCAUGUGGCUUUUCUUUGUCUUCCCCAAGGCUGAGUGUGCCAGUUGUGUCUGCUCCUGAGACUGAGCCCAUUCCCAGAUCAAGGAAGUAGACAGGAGCUGAGCUUUAGUGGUGACGUGGGAGGGCACGCAGCUGGAGAUGCAGAGCCCACCUGGGAACCUGACUCCCAGGGAGUGGAACUGCAGGGUCAUCUCCUUGAUUCUCAGAGUGUGGCCUACAGGGGAAGGCUCCUCUCUUCUCUGUCCUGCUUCUUCUCCUUCUCUUUCCAGAGUCCCCUUGAGCCCCUCUGCCUAUGUCACUCUCCUCGUCCCAUGCUAGGUGGCAUCUGCUACCCAUGAAGGCAGAUUCCACUGUCUUCUCUGAAGAGCUGGGUGGUGUCCAGGUGAUUUGGGGGUAUAAAGGUGCAGCUGGAGCAGAGGGUAUGCAAAUAAUAAUUGGUCUUUGGGGGAGAUCUGGCUGGCCCAAGCCCAUUGGGCAGGUGCCAGGUGUCUCUGAAAGACCAUUGGAUUUCUGGGAGGUAUAGCUGUUGUUUGGGUCUGGUAGAGGGGCAGGCUCAGAGGGCUGAGCCUGGACGGAAGAUUGGAGGAGAAGGCAGGCAGGGCCCAGUGAGAGGAGAGGGUGUCUCUUCCCACCCCAGCUUGCUUUUGGUCACAGAGCACUUCUGGGCUCUUGAAGUCAGGGCCCAGGAAGAAGCACAUGCUCAGUCCUAUCCACAAGCACAAUGAAUGGCUGGAAUGGGAUUUCAGGGUAGACCGGGUGGGAGGGAAAGCCCUCUGGCUUUUUUUUUUUUUUUUUUUUUUCAAAUCGAGAUUACUUGCUCCUUUCUGCCUACUAGACUUGGUUUUUGGCCCCUCCUCACCCUGUCAGAACUCCUUUUCCCUUGCAGGGUGGUGAUUUAAGUCUUGUGGGGCUGUUCUGUUCUAAGCAUCGUGAAAAUGUUGCUGGUGGAGGCCCUGGCUCUUUCUGAGGCCUGGAGGGGAGUGGAUUCUCAGCAAAGGAGCAGCCACCUGUUUUCCAUCCUCCCUUGUGCCUGGGCUGUUUAGCCUGAAAACCCAAACCCAGCUUGGUCACUCUGGGCUGGAACCCAGCACUUGGGCUUCCAGGUACCAUCUGAGCUUUGAGCUCCAGGUACUUCAUUUUCUGUAAGGGGAGCCAAGGGCUCUGGAAAGUUCUCUUCCUAAUGGUCCUUUAGGCUUGGGCCAGAGUAUGAUUGGCUCUCUGCUCUACCAUUUGCUCUCUGGAAGGCAGAGCCUUCUAGUCACAAGCCUCUAGUACCUAAAAAGAGACCCUAGGUCUAGGUUUUCUUCACUUUUCCUCUCCCCUACCCUAGACCUCUGGUUCCCUUUCUCUUGGUCUCUGGUAGCUCCAGGAGGGCUGUGGUGGUUCCCAUUCCUGUUGGAUGCCACCUGUGGUCGAUUUGUUGUCCUACCUGCCCCUCUUCUUUCCUGGCUCAGACCUAUAUGGCCAUGCCCUGGCUCUGCUCUUGGGAAGGCCUGCUACCUGGUUGUGGCCCAGCUUGUCCAGGCCCUGGGAUGCUGCGUCUCCAGGCAACUAUGCACUUUCCUAGGGUGGGAACCGGUAUGAGAAGUGGGGGCUGGGCACGAAUUUAUCUCUGCUGGAUGGUCUGUCUUGGAGGAGUGCUGGAGGAAGGCCCAGGUCAGUUCUGGGAAUCCUCAGGUCUGGCCAGCCAGUGACCUGCUUUUGCAUUUUGCUGGUGCCCGUUGCUCCUCCUUGUUUCUGGGGGACACAGACCAUUGUCCAACUGGCAGUUGACCUGCCUGAGCUAAUGUCUGUCUGUGGUAACUGAGUGAACCAUAAUAAAGGGGAACAUUUGGCCCUGUG